AUGGAAGUUAUACCGAAUUCGGAAGCUCAACUCGACGAGAUGUCGUUGGAGCCCAAGCCCAUCCAGCUCUGGUUGGCUGACCGCAGGUCAGUAGAGACUCCAAAAGAGCCCCCUUUGAGCGGGCCCAUGAUUGACAUGCUUCAUGUGCUGUUCCAAGGUAAUGAGCUCUGGAAUUCUAGAAUUCCAAAGUUCUCAUCUACUCCUGUUAUAAUAUCAUCUCGAGCUAUUUUCCCCAUUCUUGGUAGUUUGAGGGGGCUGUCAGUGGCGUCGAAGAUGAAGGCAGUUGGCGCUCAACUCCAGCUCUGCAUGAUACCAUACCGAAAAUCUCACCAGGAGCCCUCUGCUUUGGUCUCCUGGAAAUAG